CACGACCGCAAGCCAUACUCGAUUAGUUCUGUGCACUGGAGCAGCGCUCACAAGAAGAAAAGACUGGUUCUCACUAUCGGUGGAGUUUCUGACCUUGGUCGACUACCUUCUUUGCGAUGAUCGAAGCGGCAUGUAUAUCGCAAUGACGUGUUAACCGAAUUUUAUAUAUUGCUAUUGUACCUUGUGGACUCUUCACCACACUCUGUCUUCUCCUUUCUCAUCAACAACUGUUGCAAAAGACAUCGAUCAUGUCACAUCCCUCCCAAUUGCGACAUGUCGUUGUUGUCGGCGGUUCGCUUGCUGGUCUGAUGCACGCCCUCACAAUAUUCACACAUUGCCCAACGACCAAAGUCACCAUUCUGGAACGGUCGCCAACCGCGCUUUUGCACAAUCAAGGUGCUGGAGUAGUCGCUGGUUCCGACACGCAAGCCUUCUUUUCCCAGUAUGUGUGCCCUGGUCAAGAUUUCGCUGUUCCAAGUACGCAGAGACGAUACCUCGAUCGCAAUGGAGACGUCAUUCAGCGAAGUGCCGAAGACAGAGAACAACGAAUGACUAGCUGGGAUACUCUGUACCGUUUUCUGAGAUGGAGGGCAGAUGACAUGGAUAUUGAGGAUUAUGUUUCCGGAACCAACCUCGAGAACCUGAAGGACAGACUAUCUAGCUACAGCCACGGCAAAGCAGAUUAUCAGUAUGGGUGUAAUUUCCGGUCUGUUGAUGAUCUAGGGGUUUCUGGAGGUGUUCGUGUACAUUGGAUCAACAAGUCUGGGGGCGCGGAAGAAUUGACAACAGAUCUGGUGAUAGCCGCAGACGGAGCGAGCUCAUCAGUGCGCAGAGCGUUGCUCCCAUCCGUCGAACGAAAGUACGCUGGGUACGUGGCAUUACGAGGCACAGUACCUGAGGACCAAAUCUCAGAAUCAGCCACCAAAGCUUUCGUCCAGAAAUUUACGUUCUUCCACUCCGAAGGCACGCAGAUUCUGGCCUAUAUUAUCCCAGGAGAGAAUGGUACCCUGGAGCCUGGCAAGAGACUGACGAAUUGGGUCUGGUACAGGAACUUCAAGGAAGGCGGUCCUGAGCUGCAAGACUUAAUGACAGGCAAAGACGGAUCGCGACACCGUAUCACCUUGCCUCUCGAUCAAAUGAAAGACGAUGUCUGGACAAGGCAAAAACAAGACGCUAAGGAAACUUUGCCACCUCAAUUCGCCGAGCUGGUCAACAAGACAGUACAUCCUUUUGUCCAGGCUAUCACAGACAACAUCUCUCCUACAAACGAGUUUUGCGGUGGGAAACUACUGCUGGUCGGGGAUGCUCUUGCGGGUUAUAGACCUCACACUGCUGCUUCCACCAGUCAGGCUGCUUUCGAUGCUUUGACGCUGGGAGAGUGGUUAGCCGGAGAUAUUGACAGGGAAGAAUACACCAGUAGAGUCAUGAAACGUGCGAGAGAGGGUCAAAAACAUGGUGUGGAGCUUGGUGAGAGAAGUCAAUUCGGCAGACAUCCUUUUGCUUGCUAGUUAGCCUUGCCAAUUGGGUCACCCUGUCUUGGUGCUUCCAACAUCGUUCGACAGGUCACUUUUCUUGCUAGUAUGUAGACUUUAUAUCAACCCAUAAGAAAAUAUCCACG